AUGCCGAUUCCCGAAGGGAUGAAGUCGGUGCGAGGUAAGUUUAUUUGGAACUUAAUCAAAGUUUUGUGUUAUAGAAUAGACGUUCAUACAGGUUGUCAAAGCUAUACUUGCAGGUUUGGGCGGAUAAUUCAAGCAAUAAAAAAAUUGCAAAAGUAUUUCAAUUCUCUUACAAUAGAAUGAACUUUUGUAACUGUCUUUUACCUUGUGUGAAACAAGAUCUGUUUAUAAGAGAGAAAUUAAGUUUGGUUACUAGUUCGUUAGUAUGUAUAAAUAUUGGUUAACAAACAAUAUUUUCAUGUUAAGUUUAUAUUGAUUACUUAUCUAUCUGGAAAACGAAAUAUCACACUAUCUAAUGUUUUUAUCAUACAUUGUUUUUUAAAACAAGAAAAUACUAUGACACCUGGACUAAAUGCUUUCUAAAACUAACUCAGAAUGAAAUAAUUUCUGCGCUGCUUAAAACGACUUAAAUAUAAUGGAUGUUAAUCAACGAAUAAUACAAACCCAUUUCCGUGGUUAGUUUCGAGCCGUCGGACAACUGGAGUGUUCACAAAAUGAAAUGUUUGUGUUUUUCUAGAGCGGGUGAAGGUUGUGAAAGAGGAACCAGCCGAUGCUACAAAAAGUAAGAUUUCUCCACGUUCUUCUGAAUGAAAUAUUUUCUUAUUAAUUCAGAAUAGUCUGUGCUAUUGUCUCAUCUCAUUCUAAACUCUACAAGAUUUCAUGCACAGCUAACCGUAUAAAUCCAGUGUGAACAGAUGAAACCAGAUGAAUUUCCGUACAAAUGUCGUCCAGUUUCGUGUAAUAGGCCAUUUGCAUAACGUCAGAAAUAAGUCAAAAGAAUGGGUUACUGGAUGACAUGGAGAACAGUGGGAUUUUCAGAACAAUGAAAAGACAAUAGAAAAUUCUGAUCACUGGAUUGCAUAUUGCCAAGAUUUGUUUUUUGCUUCGCGCGAACGAAUUCGCGAAAUUUAAAAUAAAACUUGUUAUUUUCAGAGAAAUCGAUGCAAAGUGCAGGUCGUUUUGUGAUCGCCAACAAAAUAUGGCAGAAAUCGACAGUCACAAGGACAAGUGAUGUCGUCAUCAUUUUCCCGCCAAAAACUGAAGACUAUGUGGUCAUGUGGUUAUUAUCGCGCCUGCGAUCAAGAAUACCGGAAGUAGAAAUCCACGUGCGACAAAUGGCGGAUAAGCCUGCAUACGGGUUCUUUCUUACGUCAUCAAUCAAAGUAUUCAUGGAGAAAGCGGAGGAAAUGGGUUUGAGAAAGAAAUUGAAAGAUGGGGGAAUGGCGGAAUUUUCUGUGGAAAACCAGGAUGAGUUUCUGAAUAUUGAAGAUCCAGAGUUGUUUUUCACUUCAGGAGAUAGACAGAGUAUUGUAAUGGAAUUAGUCAAUAAUAUGAGAGCAGUGGAAGGAGAUGAGUUGGCUGGGAUUAAGUUUGUCCCCGGACAGACCAUAGGUAUAUACUUUCAUUCUUAACGUAGCUUAGCAAGCGAUGGUGGCAGGGGGGAGGGUGUAUGUUCAUAUAUUCGUGUUCUGCCCGACGGAUUUCUUUUGAAAGCGUUGUUUUUACGGUAUGUGAACAUGAAUAUCUGAAUAUAAUUAUCGUGUCUAGGAUCGGCCCAGGAUGGUGGUCAACCUCGAAAAUAUUGAUACUUAACCCCGGUCAAACAAGGAUGAGAGUCACGCGACCUUCGUUAACAGUUCUUAAUACUUUCUCAACAAUAUCAUGCAUUUAACACUUAUCAAACCUUUAUUUUGUCAAUCUAGACCCCUACAACAAUGCCUGACUGGCAACUCUCAUCCUCGCUUGACAAAUACAACUCUAAUCAAUUCUAUUUAUUUCGCUUUCACAACUGCAGAUUGACCAGCAUCUGCUGCACAAUAGUGCUUAGCAACCAGGUGAUCUCGUGUUCGUAUUUUAGCCAAUCAGCGCUCAGAAAGGGUUGUCCGAAUAGAAAUCCAUUUUCAUGUAUUCAGUCAAUUAUAUCUUUCGUUAUUCUUUAUGAAACUAGUUGAAAUUUUGUUAUUAUGUUUGGUUAUGAGAACUAUAGCUCUGACAAAAAUAUGGAAUCGAAAUAAAGUAUAUUACAGGAGAUAUUCAGUUGUUUUAAUCAUAAAAUGGAUUUCUAUUUGACAACUAGUGCCAGUACUUUUCCGCGUAUCAAGAUCAUCUGGAAGACAUGCCUACUGCAAUAUAUUACAUUAUCGUGUACUUUCAUCAUAGUUCCCAAACUGUUGGUUGAAGAAGUAAUUCAGCAGAUAUUUCCUCUCCAUGAUCAUGAUGAUUUAGCCAAACUUCGGAAGACUUGGGUCAAGGCAUUCUUUAAAAAACAGCCUCUAGGUAAGACAAUAGUAAAUACGUGAAUGCGAAUCAAAAUUAACAUUAUUCCUUAUUUCCUGUUAUGCGAAUACGAACGUGUACGCGCGCGAAAUUGUCCACGAAAAACGCAGCCUUUAAAUAGAGGUCCAGUCAGGGGUGGAAAAAAUAGGCGAACUCGCAGGGAAUGUUAAACAGCUACAGGUAAUUCGUUUCAAUGAAGAUUUGCUAUUGAAAAUUUGGGCGCAACAACAUAUGGUUGACAACAUAUGGUUGAAAUAUGGGCGCAACAACAUAUGGUUGACAGACAUUAUUCCCUGAAUUUAAAACCAUGGUCAGUUAUAUGUUUAUGCACAUGCAGAUUUAGCACAGGAAUUUUUUGUCUCCAGUUUGUGCUCCUAGGAAGAAAAUUAUUUUUUCCUGCCAUGGGUCCAGUGUUAUUUACAGUGGUUCACUUGUACUGCUGGAGGAAACCGGGGUACUGUAUCUGGGGAAAACCUGUGGUGUUGGGUAGAGUCAAUCUGAAAGCACUCCUCUCGCAUACGAUUGAAGUGAAUUUAAAACCUGCGGCCAGUUGUAUAAAGCUCUGAAGUACUUUUUAACCACUAUCUUUUUUAUACAACCGUCCCCAGACAAGUAGUUACUGUAUAAUCGAAUCCUGGACACGGAAGUGAAAAACACUUGAACUAACCACUGUCUCACGAAACCCCUUUUCAUCUAGAUGAUAUCCGUGAUUACUUCGGUGUGAAAAUAGCGAUGUAUUUUGGCUGGCUUGGACUCUACACAAAAUGGCUGUUUGCUCCUGCAAUAUUUGGUAUCAUUAUGUUUGUUCUCAUGAGCCGUGGUGAGGUCAUCCGUGAUUGGUGUAUGUUUAUAUUCAGUAUUUUUAAUAUCGUCUGGGCGACAUUGUAUCUCGAGGCGUGGAAACGAAAGUCGGCUGAGCUGGCGUACCGAUGGGGGACACUGGAUAUGCCAUCUGAGGCACUCAAAGAUCCGAGGGUUCUUUUCGAGGUAGUCAUGCAUGAUGACUCUGAGAUUUUAACGGCCGCAUUUCUUCACAGACAAAUAUCAGGGGCGGGUUGUUUAAAAGCUGGUUAGCUUAACCCUAGGUUAAUUAAGAAACUCAUCAAAGCAAUCCUCCCUACAGCUAGCUUCUUCAUAAACUUGGAAAUAUUUUCCCCGAAAUUUUCUCAUGACCAACACAAGUCUUAUUUUUCUGACGUUUUGAAAUGAACAGACGUGUAGAAACACACAAACUCAAACACGAGGUUAAAUUUCAACCCAGAGUUAACGCUAAUCGUGCUUUGAGCAACCGGCCCUAGAUGAAUAAGAGACGGAUCAUCUGUCACGAGUACAAAUCCAGCAUGAUUAAAAUAUUUCUCAUUCAGGGUGAAUGGAAACCAAGUCACAUUACUGGUAAAAUGGAACCAACUUACCCCUCGUGGAAACGGAAUUUAUUUAGAUACUGUGUCACCCUUCCCGCGAUCCUCACCUCGCUUGUCGUGGUAUUUCUCGUCAUGAUCUUGGUAUUCGAGUUCCAACGUUGGGUAGAUGGUAUGGAUAACCCUCCCAAAUGGCUCAAGUUCGCACCAAAGAUUGCACUCGCUGUUUCUAUUGGAAAGAUGGAUGAUAUUUAUAAGACUGUUGCUUACAAGCUAAAUGAUAAAGGUAAAAUAUUACAUACAGGCGUCAAGGAUUGGACAAACUUGGAAAUAUGAAAGAGCUUAAGCGGCGUUGACAACAUGGACGUCACACAUACAUUGUCGCGGGAACACUUCAUGCAAAAAUGUUAAGCCCUGGGCAAACACUAGGGAACAUUAGUGAGAAACAUAGGGAACAUCAAAUGUUUCUGAAUUCGCCUGGAAACAUUUUUGCUUCUCGGGAAGCAAAUUUUGUUUCCGCAACAAUGUUCCACGGGUGGGCAAACAGGGAAACAUUUGAGGAAACAUCGAGAAUCACAAAUGUUUCGACAACAAUGUUUCCUAGUUUGUCCAGGGCUUUAGCUCCCUAGAAUUACAGACUAAGGCCGCUUGGAACUGUAUAAACUUUGUACAACAAGGAUUCUGUCUAGAAAUCAAAAGAUACUGCUCGCAUCAACGAAUUAUUUUCUACAUUCACCUACCUGAAUGAAGUCUUCCCAAAGGAUUUACAUUUUCUUUUUCAUUGCAGAGAAUUAUCGGCUGGAUGAAACGUACGAAAAUCAUCUGAUUAUCAAACUUGUUUCUGUAAGUAUGUGAAUAAAAAUUGAUAAAACAAACACUCAUGGUAACUCAUUCUUAUUACAAAAUUAUUUUUUUUGUAGUUCCAAUUUUUCAACGCCUACCUGUCCUUAUUCUACAUUGCUUUCUCCUUGAUGAACUUCGAUAAACUAAAAACAGUGAGUUACAAUACUGAAGAGAUGAAAACAGUAACUUAAUAAAAAUAUGCAGUAACUUUACCUUCAUGUCCACAGUUUGCCUCGUCAUAGACGUAUAAGAUAUCUUCUAAUAUUCCUGUACAUCUACCAACUUUAUGUGAGUUCUUCGCAUCAUGACGAGUUUUCAUAUAUCAAGUUUUAUUCGCCAACAGUGACCACUUCUAAAAGCUGGUUUGCACUAUCAAAGUUUCUGUGACCACAGUAUAGGAAUUUUUCACAGGUAAAUACUAAGUUUUGAAGGAUUUGUAAGAAAUAUUUGAGCAAAGUGACUCACUGUUAAACACGGAGUAAGUAUGCAAAAUCCCUACUCUUAUCACAGAAACUUUGAUAGUGUAAAUCAGACUUAACCAACAGACUGAUGUUUCUAUACAUACAGCAACUUUUAUAUACCCUUCACAAGGCAGCUUUUGGUUACAUUUUUAUUGCUUAUCAAUUCUAACCAAAGCACUGACGCUAUUCUAUAUUUAGCAACUUGGCGCUCUGCUCAUUACGAAGCAAGUCAUCGGCAAUGUUAAGGAAGCUCUGGUUCCAUUUGUGAAACAAAAAGUGAAAGAAUUUAAGAAGAAGAAGGAUGAGGAGAAAAAGAGAAAAGAAGAAGAGAAGAAAGCAGGGAAUGCAAGCACAGCGAAACCAGACAAACCUGCUGAACUGGAAACAGCAAAGACAAAACAACCUGAGAUUGAGGCUGCAAUGCCUGUAUACGAGGUACGAUACCAUUUCUUGACUUAAUCUUACAUCUUAGUUUCUCCCGUUCCUUGUAGAAGAUCAGGAAUCGACAGCAUUCAGGAUCUUAGUAUCCUCCCACAUCAGAUCCACGGCCUUCAAGUCUGUGAACACUGUUCUCUUCUAGCUCAUCAGCGGUCUUCACUCCUCCCGGAGUAUAUUGUCCGGCGUUUCUCAGCUGGCGCUCUCGUGUGUCCCAGCAUUUUAGAUGCCGUUAUGAUUAUGAUUAGACGCCGAUGUUCUGCUUUCCUCAAUUCUUCUUUGUUGACUAAUGUGUUGACUUUUACUUCGCAGGAUACAUUUGAAGAUUACUUGGAGAUGUUUAUUCAGUUUGGUUACGUCGUGUUGUUCUCGGCCGCAUUUCCUCUCGCAGGCUUGUGUGCUUUACUCAACAACGUGGUCGAGAUACGGAGUGAUGCAUUCAAACUUUGCACCAAUCUUCAACGACCAUUUGGUGUGCGUGUAGAGAAUAUCGGAACAUGGCAGGUAACGUUCCUAUCUCUUGAUUACAUUCCAAUUGUACAUAACUACCUAAUUUCACUUAUGAAAUGGACAAAUCCAUGAGUAAGGAAGGAGUCAAUUAAUUGUUGGAAGAACUUAAUAAAUCUAAUGCCCCAGAAAUACAACUUACCAAAGUGGGAGGUUACAAAACUGGCAUGGUUCAACAUUAUGCGACAAAAAUUGCCCUGCAUCGUUUUUUUUUUACUUUUGUUCUAUUUCUUAAAUUACUAUUUACUGAAAUUCUCGUGUUCAGGAUGCGAUGGAACUGAUGGGUGUGAUUGCAGUGAUCGUCAAUCUCGCUCUGCUGGGUAUCGGAGGAUCAUUGACACGAAUGUUUCCCGGCAUGACUCCAGCACAGAGAAUCUUGCUUAUCAUUGUCAUUGAGGUAUGUUUCACUGAUCGUGGUCAGGACUAUUGACAAGAAAAUUAAACCUGCAUCUCUACUUUGUAGCACGUGGUGCUCGCCGUGAAGUUCGCAGUAUCGUACGCCAUUCCUGAUAUUCCUGAAUGGGUGGAAGACGAGAUUGCUAAAGUCGAGUACAAACGACGAGAAGCAGAAAAGGCCGAGAAGGUUUGUUUCGAUUUAGUUUCCUUUGUUUCAUUUUACAAAUUUGCCAUUAUUAAAGAUAUAAACUAACUAUAAAUUACACACAAUGGCUGGAAUGACCACACAGAGAUAAAAUCUCCAAUAACGGGGUUCCACGAAUUUAUUCACGGGUUUCCAUUUAUUUGUUCUAAUUCGUUUUAAUCAUAUUUAUUUAGCUUGCCCAGAGAAACAACGGUGGAGCGAAGUCACCAGUUUCUUAA